AUGAGCCACCGCACUCAGGGAAGACGAGCUGUCGCCGGAGGCCGGUGCUCCCCGGAGGGCGUGGAAGAUCUGCUGCAGCUUGGAUUACCGUCCCCGUCAAGUGGCCUGUUGCACCCGCAACAUCCAAUGGCUGCACUGCCGGUGUCCGGUGAAGAAGAUUAUUGCCGCCGUCGCGGAUUAGUGACGGCCAUAGCAGAGGAUAUUCGCCAAGAAUCAGCUGCAAAGGUUAAUACAGAUCCGAUGCAUUCAGUCAAGUGGAAGGGCAUAAAUGUGCUUCUAAGCCACCUUUGUCCUAAGUGUUCUAAAAAACAUGAUGACACAACUUCAGGAAGCCAAACCACUGGAUGCACAUGUUGGCAAUGGUUCUUCACACCGUCUACUAGUAAUGAUUCUGCAACUGUAGCAACUGCCAAUGGUGGAAAUACUGAAGUGCUCACUUCUCAUCCAAAAGAAAAUGGUUUUGCUCCUAGUUACAAGUUGGACAAUGAAGAGACGUCAGUUCCAGCUGUUGGCCACCAUAGGAAACCAAGCAUGCACCAUAGACUGAAAAUAUGGAUCAGCAGUGGGCAUAAUGGCAUAAUAGGAAAAUAUGGGAAUAAGUUGGAAUUGGGUGUCCCCCAUGUAGCUAGGCCAUUAUCAGAUGAACAUGCGAAACCUGGAUGGCCAGAUUGGCUCAUAAAUGUGGCACCAGAGGCAGUACAGGGUUGGUUCCCUCGGCGACCAGAUUCAUUUGAGAAAUUAGACAAGGUUGGACAAGGAACUUAUAGCAGUGUCUACAAAGCCCGAGAUCUUAAAACUGGCAAGUUUGUCGCACUCAAAAAGGUGCGUUUUCUCAAUGUGGAGCCUGAGAGCGUGCGCUUUAUGGCUAGAGAGAUUCUUAUUCUACGGAAACUCAAUCAUCCAAACAUCAUCAAGUUGCAAGGGAUCAUAACAUCUUCUGUUUCACAAAGCCUGUAUCUUGUAUUUGAGUACAUGGAACAUGAUCUUGUUGGUCUUGCUGCGACUCCAGGCCUUAAGUUUACUGAGCCACAGGUCAAAUGUUUAUUUCAGCAAUUACUCAGUGGCCUUGAUCAUUGCCACAGCAAUGGAGUCCUGCAUCGGGACCUAAAGAGUUCCAACCUCUUGAUUGAUAAUGAUGGUGUUCUGAAGAUUGCAGACUUUGGUCUAGCAACCUCAUUUGAUCCUGACAAUCAGCAACCACUGACUAGCCGUGUUGCAACAUUGUGGUACAGACCACCUGAACUUCUUCUCGGUGCCACCAAGUAUGGCCCUUCUGUGGAUUUGUGGAGUACAGGGUGCAUUUUUGCAGAACUGCUUGCUGGCAGGCCAAUCUUGCCCGGAAGAACUGAGGUGGAGCAACUUCACAAAAUUUUCAAGCUCUGUGGAUCACCUUCUGGUGAUUAUUGGAGUAAACUGGAAGUACCACAGACAGGGAUGUUCAAGCCCAGCCGCCAGUAUAGUGCGUGCAUUGCUGAGACAUUUAAAGAUUUUCCACAAUCAGCUCUAGUUCUUCUAGAUAACUUGCUUGCACUACAACCAGAUGCUCGUGGAACAGCUGCUGAGGCUCUCCGAAGUGAUUUUUUCAGGAAAAAACCACUUGCUUGCAGCCCCUCAAGCUUACCAAAGUAUCCCCCAAGUAAAGAGUAUGAUGCUAGACUUCGAAGGGAAGAAGCAAUGAGGAAAAGAAAGGCAGCUGAGAGUGUAAGUGGAUUUCGAUCUGUCGAAACAGAUGGAAAUCCUUUCACAAGCGAGAAAACAAAGGUUGCUAUGAUUAGACCUGAAUCUGCUGAUGCAAGGAAUGAAGUACUUGGUUCUCAGAACAGCAACCUGGGAUCGAAGGGCUCAGUUGUGAGGUACAAGGGCAAAAGCAGAAUAUAUCAGCACUCAGGUUCAAUGAUUACAGCAAAGGGAAACAUGGAGCGGAUGCUCAAGGAGCAUGAAAAGAAUAUCCAAGAAGCAGUGCGCAAAGCGCGCCUCAACAAGAGCAGAGAGUUGUGA